AGCGUGUCCGUCGCUCGCCACUCAGUAUUCUCCGUGGCUUCGCCCAGGGUGUUUGUAAAUCGUGGCUCUGCUCUCGCACUCCCACCGCCAGUGACCGACCUCUGGAACCCGACCAUUUAUUACAUUCGACAACCCCGCCCCGUGCAUUUUCCCAGUUGCAAUUCAAUCAUUACGAAGAGUUCGCCGGCGUUACCCGUACCGCGACCUAACCGGUGGUUCCUCCCGCCUUUAUUUAUGUUGUCGUUUUGGUGUGGUGUAUAUUUGUGCCGUACGGACGAUAACCGGAUUAUCUGUGCGUCCGAGUCAGUGGAUAUUUAUAAUACCCAUCGACAGCUUUUUGUUGAAGUUUGACAAACGCACGACGGGGCCGCGAUCGCCACGGAUGCGUCGCGGGCGGCAGCGUGCGAUGCGCUGCUAGACGCUGCAAUGGUGGGUGUGGGAGUGGCGGAGGGAGGCGGGGGUGGUGUGCCCGACGGCUACUACGGCGAGUACUACCCGUCGGAGGCAUACUACGUACCGUCUGAAAUAUGCCCGCAUCCCCAGCAGCACCCUCAACAUGCGCACGUGUGCGCCGUGCACACUGAAUAUGGUGGUAUGCCAGUUGUUACUUCAGCGACGAUGAUGCCACCAAUGUUGCCGCCAGUAUUGGAUGAGGGAAUGCGACACUAUUUAGUGGCCCAUCACGCGCAGCCGCAUCCACAUCACGGACCGCACCACCAGCCCCCUCAUCAUCAGCCGCCUCACCAUCAACCACCACCGCAUCACCAACCACCGCAUCACUAUGGUCCUACGAAUGGUGCAGGUGGCCCACAACAUUAUUAUGGUGGAGGAUAUCCAGCUCACUUUCACCCUGUUCCUCCACACCAUAUGCAACAUUCACCACCUCCACCAGUGUAUCAAAAAGAUGAACGAACUCAGCGCCAAUAUUCGAAACUUAAGCAGAAAUUAGAACGUAAACAUAAUAACAGGAAUAAUGGCAUCGAGGUAAACUCUGGUGCAAGUACACCUUCGCUAUCACCUCGAAAAGAGUUAAAUGGGCGAAGCGGCGGCAGCGGCGGUGCAUCUUCCGGCGCAUGGUCUGAGGGGGAAGGAUCGUCGGCGGGAGCGUCUGUGCAGGGCGACGACGACAACGAUACUCAAGCAUUGCUUGACUUGCUGUCAGCCACACGUACACCUCAGGUCAGUGAUAUGACUCCAACCAGUGCACUUGUACAGUGGAAUUCACCACUACCUGAAGGUGUUACACUCCCCAACGUCGAGCUUACUUAUGAUCUCUUAUUGGGUGACCGUGGCAGAUAUAAAGCCAUUUAUAGUGGCUCUUCAUUGUCAUGUCGGGUUCGAGAUCUGAGGCCUGGCUGUGAGUAUUCAGUGUGCUUACAAAUUCGAGCGGGAGAAAUAACAGGUGCGGCCAGCGAAGCAGCUACUUUCCGCGCACCACCUGCGCCUCCCGACAGACCGAGUCCGGCACGUGUUCAACAAAGGACACGAACAUCAGUCUUGUUAAGAUGGUCCUCAGUCGCCGAUAAUGGAGCGAGAAUAACACAUUUCAUUCUGGAGAUGGAUGCCGGCGAGGGAUUCACGGAACUAAAGCGUCCACGAACGCCCCAGCAUACAGUGAACAAUCUACAACCACAAACACGCUACCGAUUCCGUAUCGCUGCUGUCAAUGAAUGUGGUCGAGGCGAGUGGAGUGACGAAACGGUCGUGUGGACGGCCGGGCCGCCACCACCUGCCCCCGCACCGCCUGUGCUGACGACUGCGGAGUCCACGUCUCUCUCUCUAGCUUGGAAACGUGAGGCUGAAGAAGAAUUCACUUUGCAAAUGGACGACGUAACGCAGGGUCACGGAUAUUUAGUAGUUUACUCGGGUCCUGACUGUGAGUACGUUUGCGAUAGACUUCGUCGAGCAAGCGAUUAUCGUUUCCGUUUAAGAAGCGAAACCGCCGAUGGGAUGGGACCUUGGUCAUCGGAAGUCUCCUACCGAACAUUGCCCGAGCGGCCAGGGCCACCCGGCCGACCGGUGCCACGCGGCAAGAUCCAUUCUCGUGCAUUUCGACUGAGAUGGGACCCUCCCACGGACGACGGAGGCACUGCCGUCGAGUCUUACACGUUAGAAAUAGACGGUGGCGAGGGCUACAGCUGCGCAUAUCGAGGACCUGAUCGCGAAGCGCAUUGCGAUCGGCUCCUACCCGGCACGCAGUAUCGCGCUCGUGUGCGCUGCUCGAACGUCGCCGGCGAGAGCGAGUGGUCGUCCAGCGAGACCGUGGUGACAGAAGCGACGUGUCCCAGUGCUUGUAGUCCUCCGGAGAUGGCGAGUGCGCCACGCUCGACGCUAGUGCCCGUACGUUGGCGAACUCCCGACUGUAUCGGCGGAGCACCACUAACCGAAUAUCGACUUGAAUUGGCCGAUACAGAUGGCUUAGUGCGUUUAGUGCAUGUUGGCCUAGAAUCUGAAUGCAUAGUACGAGAACUGCUACCAGGUCGUGAGUAUCGUAUGUGGGUAACGGCUUGCAACAGGGUAGGCGCUGGACCACCUUCAACGGCGUUGAGGUUCAAGACAGCACCGGCACCACCUGAUGCUCCUGAAGCGCCCAAUCUCACUUUAGAGACCCCUCGUAGUGCGCACGUAGAGUGGACGGCUCCCCCAAACAAUGGUGCUCCCAUUUUAGAUUUCCGUUUACAGAUGAGCGCGACGAACGUGGACGAUAGCUUUACGGAAGUAUACAGGGGCAUGGACACGGCCAGUAACAUAGGGAAAUUGACACCGUUCACACCUUAUUUCUUCCGCGUUUGCGCAACUAACUCGGCGGGACGCGGAGCCUGGUCUCCCGUGAGAGAUGUCCUAACCGCGCGCGCUCCUCCCGCCGCGCCCGCUGGCUUGCGUCACGAAGCCACCGCCGAUUCGCUGCGUCUGCACUGGCGAAUUCCGGCUGACCAUGGUGCCGAGGUACUCCGUUAUCGGGUCGAAAUCGACGACACCGCUUUCGACACAGAAGGACCGACUCCAGAGCGGCUCGUGGAAGGACUCUCUCCCGACACUGUUUAUCGAGUGCGCGUCGCGGCCCUCAACGAGCUCGGCGUCGGCGAUUGGUCAGAGGAGGCUCGUGCGGCGACCAGACCUCGCCCGCCUGCACCGCCCACCAUUCGCUGCGCACAAGCCGCUCACAACCAUCUGCGUCUCGAAUGGGAUGCCGGCGUCCAGGGUACACAAUAUUGCGUCGAGAUGCGUCCACCCGACGCUCGUGAAUUCCGGCCAGUAUAUCGAGGAUCGGCGCACUCGUGCAAGGUGAAAAAGCUGCGCGAGGCGACAUCGUACUCGUUCCGGAUACGAGCGAGUGACGAGCGCGGCGGGCGCGGCGUGUGGGGGCCCGCGGUGGCGGCGCGCACGGCGGCCGCGCCCCCGCCCGCGCCGCACGCUCCCACCGUCGCGCUGCAGGCGCCGCGCAGCGCACUCGUCUCGUGGGACGCCGUCGACGACGCCGACUACGUGCUGCAGUGUGCGCGGAGCAAAGACACCAUUUUCAAAGAGGUAUACUCCGGUUCCGAAACCACCUACCAGCUAGAAGAGUUGGAGUACGGCGCUGAAUAUCAAGUUCGCGUGGGAGCCGUGCGCUGCGGGCUAGCCAGCGCCUGGUCUUCGCCGGCGCGCGUGGUCGUGCCGCCUGCGCCGGCGCCGGCCCGGCCGCGCCGCUCCCGGCCCCCCCGCUCUCUGUCGCCGCGCCACACCGCGCUGCUGAUAGCUGCCGGCUUCUUACUGGUGGCCGUGCUGGUAGCGGUGCUGGUGCAGCGCCUGGUGGAGCCGCGCCCGUGACGCGAGCUGGCGGCGAUGCGGCCGCGCGCUCUCGCCCGUCUGUGAGCGCGCCCCGCCGGCUCGCCGAGAGACCCCGACGACUCGACCGGUUCGCGUUAUAUACAGUUACGGAUUGGGUUCGGAAUACGCGAAUUUGGCCCGGUUAAUCCUACCGGAUAGACCGAGGCGUUAGGAGUGCAAUUAUUCUUCUAUUUCAUAGCUCAUUCGAUGUGAUUUUAUAGCGUAUUUGAUGUCUCUGGUGCCCCGUUUGUACCGCCCUGAGAAAGUUAUUUCUCCGAGCUUGCGUCGCUCGACUGACGGGUCGUCGACGAUCGAGUACCCCCGCCUACGUAAUCAUUUUUUUGUAGAAUCCUCGCUUUCUUAUUGAUGACCACCCGUUAUAAAAGCAUCUAAAAUAUUUAUAUGUAUAUAGUAGAUAAUUAAAUAUUAAAAAGUGUGUCGCCGCCAUCAGAUGACGGAUGGCACGAGGUAAUGUGUCAUUAUCGCUUUAUAUUUAUAUUUUAAUUUCAGUUUAUAAAAAUUAUGACAAGAGAGAAUUUAUUAUCAUAUCUGUUUCAAAUUACGUAACCGACUGUAUCUCUACGGCCUAGUGACCACACCGAUGACUAUUUUGUAUUCUCAAGUUUGUAAUAUUUUUUAAGAAAUACACUGGGACUGCCAUUUUUAAAUGAAUUGUAUUUUUGGAAGUGUGACAAACAUUCAUAUAAGUCUGUAAAUUUUCACAGAUCUUCACAUCUAGUCUAUGCUUUUAACAUUUCUUUUUUUUAUUGUAAUUACUAAUAGCAGUAAAAUUUUAAAUACAUAUAUAUAUAUAAAUAUAUAUAAAAGCAACUUUAUUUAUAGUGAUACAAAGUGUACUUCCAAUUAAUAUUAUAUUAGUCUUCUUGGCUCCGUGUUUUCCAGACAUUUGAUAUUUUUAUAAGAAUCAAUCGGUCUGUUGCAAAUUUUUAUCAUAUUUAAGUAUAGCAAGUUAGCAACCAAGGUGCUCUAAUGUAAUUGUUCUGUUGAGAGGGACAAGGCCCCUUUUUCUGCAACGAGUUUCCAGUGUGUGUGCUGUGAUCACUUCCUUAUGCGAAUGAGACUGAUUUUGAAAAUAAUGCUUUGUCUACAUGUUUGUUUCUAAAAGCUGAUGUUAAUUUUGACAAUGUUUUAAUAUUUUAAUUAUACAUAUUGCAAGCUAAAAUCAAAGAAGGAAGUGUAGAUCCUUUCAGUGAUGAAAGCGUUGCUGCCAUCGGUGUUUAAAAAUGGAACGCCAAUUUGUAUUUUGUCUAUAAUGUUAUUUAACCGUAUAACGUACCUUCCAAGUUUUAAUUGAUAAUAGUGUUAUUUUUUUAAAUAAUAGAACAUGACUUCUAACUGAUGACAUUGUGUAAUAUAGAAUAAAUUGUUUAUGAAUUUAGAGAUUAUAAAUUUAUCGAGAUUGUUACCACCCGGUGUAUAUUGAUAAGGAAUUGUCAAACUUGACCUUAUUUCUAAGAAAUAACUAUGUUCCAAAAAAAAAAACAAAAAAAAAGAAUAGAAUGAUCCCAUAUUGGUGUUUGUUACUUUAAUUAAUCAAUAUAUUAGGAAAAUAUUAAUUGACAUCAAUCUAAUUAUAUUUUUAAAUGAAUUAAUUUCUCUAUAGUUAAGCAGAGUAUGUUUUAAAUUGUAUUCAAUUAUACGAAUUAUAUAGUAGAAAGUGCAUCGAUGUUCUAAGUGUCAUUAUUCACAUAUAAGUGUUUAAAAGAUUUGUGGAUUAAUGUCAUUUUAAUGUAAUAGUGACUUUGAUUAAUGAUUGUUAUCUUAUAAACCUUAUCGCAUUCAAUGUUUGCUAGUUGAAGCUAUCAAUGUUUAUAUUUUGUCAAGGUUAGAGCUUAUUUUAUGCACGAAUUUAAGCCUAAAUGUUGUUAAUACUAAUAUUCUGUGAUCACCGUAUUCUGUUCAUAUAUAUAUAUUUAUAUAUAUUCUUAUAGUAAUCAUAGACAUUCCUAGGUUUGAUAUUUUUUUCAAAGCAUAAUUAAGUAAAAACAUAACAUUAUAUUUGGUGUAAAAAAAAUUCGUAUUCAAUGCAUGUUAAUGAAAAAAACUUUAAAUGAAUUUUGUAAGCACAGCUUGCAACAAACAUUUAUACGUGGAACGAUUAAUUUUUUGAAAAUUUUAUAAUUCUAAUGUGCAAUUUAUUUAUUUUAUGGCUUAAUAUAAUAUAUUUAUUUUUUAGAACUUAUAUAAAUAUUCUAUAGUCGUAUAAAUGAAGGAAUCGAUGUUCCUAAAUGUGUUAAACGUUUUGUAAGAUACACCAAUCGCAAGCUAAAUUGUGUACUACAGUAAUGCAUUCCAACUUUGUAUUCCACUUUGUAAAUAGGCCUAAUUAACUCUGACUUAAUGUUGCUUUAAUAUGGGAAUGUAAAUAAAACUUAUGUUUAUGAGCUUCUUUAAAGAGGCAUCAAAUCUAUAUGCCAAUGGAAAUUAUUACAGUGUUGAGACUAAACGUUUUUAAAUUAAUACAUAUGAUUAAUGGGGAUAACAUCUCAUAUUGUAUUUGUGUUUGAAUAAGUAACGUAUAACGAAAUGUAUAUGUUUAUAAUAUAAUAUUUGAUGAUGUUAUGUAUACAAUUUAUUAAACAUGGAUAUAUCAAUAAAAUUAUAUUUUGUGUA